AUGACGUCUAGCUACCAGUGGCCUACCUUCUUCAUCGGACAGCAUGACGCUGGAAGGCAGGAACCCCUUGACGACAAGCAGUAUGGCUAUCUUCUAGACGCUGGGUUUUCCUUUGCCACGGCACCCAUCACAAACAGUCAUUUCCACGACCGCGUCCGCAAGCUCCACAAGAGCUACCUUGAUGAUGUCAAGGCCCGCAACCUGACGGAUGCGGAGCGGGCAAACCCAUCGUUCCCAGGCCCCACAAUCUCUACGCUGACUGACGAUGACACCGGCCUGUUCCCAGGUCGCUACAUCACGUCUGUCAUUGCUUGCUCCAGUGCAUGGAUCGACCUGUACUCGGACGACCCUCUGGUGGCCAACCUGUCCCGCCAGGUCCUCAACCUGGAGGUUGCCUAUGCUAGUUUCUGCGGUGUCAGGAGCAUUAUCGUACCCGGCCCACGGGCCGACAGCAGUGGCAAGCACGUGGCUCAGUAUGCACGCGCAAUCCAGGAAGCCCUCCAAGUAGCCAAUCGGGCCUCUCUGGUCAUCCAGGUGCCCAUGUACCGCGAGCCCGGCCUGGAGGAGAGCAUCGAGACCCUUUCGGGACCUGGUGCCUACCCAGAGGCAACAGCAGACCAGGAGAUUGACAUCUACGGCUGCUGGGAUUCGUGGCACACCAUUCGGACCGUCUGCGACUACAACUCGCGCCUGUCGGUUGCCAUCCGUAUUCCCCGGAGAUUGCCCGAGAUCGAGCUGCAGUCGCGCUGGUUUGCCGAGCCGCUGCAGAUCCUCACCUUUGACGCGGCCAUCUUCCAGCUGAACGCCUCUGGAUUUCCCAGCCUCGGCAAGAGCCACAAGGAGAUGCUCAACCGGUACAUGCGGCUGAAGAUGGCACCUUGGAUGCUUGUCAGCAACGGCGGGCCAGACGUCAAGGAGCUCGCAGCAGCAGCUAGCAGCAACGGCAGCAACGGCAUCACCCUGUCGCCCAACGCGGCCGAGUUUCUCACGCUAGCUGAGGCCCGCGGCUCGCCGGCAGCCAAGCAGAAGAAGCAGGGCAGCAACGAUUACCUCUCCUACCUCAAGUACCUCGAACGGUCGCAGGAGCCGUACUCGGAGACCGAGACGUCUACACUGACCAGCUUCCAGGACUGGCUUCAGUCGCCGCUUCAGCCACUGGCUGACAAUCUCGAGUCGGCCACAUACGAGGUCUUUGAGGGCGACCCGGUUAAGUACGUGCAGUACGAGAAGGCCAUAACUGCCGCCAUGGCUGACUGGAAGGCGCUGAAGCGGCCGACUUCGGCGAUCCCGCGGCCCGGCCAGACAGAGUCAGCUACGUCGACACCAGAGCUCGUGGUGGCCGUCGCAGGAGCCGGCCGAGGCCCGCUGGUGACGCGGGUGAUCCGGGCUAGCCAGGCCACGGGCGUUCCGGUGCAGCUGUGGGCGCUGGAGAAGAAUCAGAACGCGUACGUUUACCUGCUGCGGAUGAACAAGCAGGUCUGGGGUGGCAAGGUGCACCUGAUCAAGACGGACAUGCGUGAAUGGGCCGGACCGGUAGCCGAGGGCCACGAGGCCACAGGCACGACGACCAAGGUGGACAUUCUGGUGUCGGAGUUGCUGGGCUCAUUUGGCGACAACGAGCUGUCGCCCGAGUGCAUCGACGGCAUCCAGCGGCACAUUGCACGGCCACACGGCAUUUCGAUCCCGCAGUCGUACACGGCACACCUGAGCCCGAUCUCGUAUCCGCGCGUCUAUGCGGACUUGGCGAACCGCUCGGUCGCAGACGAGAACGCCUUUGAGACCCCCUGGGUCGUCCACCUGUUUGCCAUCGACCUGGUGUCGCAAAAGGUUCCGGGCCGCCCACGCUUCCAGGAGGCCUGGGAGUUUGUCCACCCAGUGCGGCUGCCGGUCGUCGAAGACUGGGAGGCUGCACAUGGCCGCAAGAAGGUCCAAACUGGCGGUGGCGGUGCCAUGACCCUCUCGGCAGGCCUCAACGAGCACAACGCCCGCCACUGCCACCUGACGUUUGUUUGUCGCCCGCGUGGCGUCAUUCACGGUCUGGCCGGCUACUUUGAGUCGGUGCUGUACCAGCCGGCAGCCCAGGACGGUGGCCCAGCUCCAGUACCCAUCGAGAUCAGCACGCGGCCAGACCGCAUCGACCAGAAGAGCAAGGACAUGAUUUCGUGGUUUCCCAUAUUUUUUCCGCUCAAGAAACCAAUGUACUUUCCCCAAGACGCCGAGAUCGAGGCCAGCAUGUGGCGCCAGACAGACGACACCAAAGUAUGGUACGAGUGGUUGGUGGAGGCUUAUGUUUGGGUUGGACCGACGACACGGGUCAAGGUGGCCACGUCAGAGCUCCAGAGCAGCAGGAAGGUUGCCUUCCCGCUGUCCGUGUUUAGUGCCAUGAUGUUCGCCUAA